GCUACAACAUUGGGCUUUGCUAUGUAAAUACUGCCAUAGUAUAUUAAUCCCCCGUUCCCCAGUCUCCCUCAGAAACACCGGCUUUGCUGAUUUUAAUGUCACACUGAACGACUCAGGCAAAAUGAGAAUCCUGCUGUUACUGAUGCUCUCCGUGCUCACGGCUAUCUGCGUGGCAGACUCCUCGGAAUCCAACGAGAUAGACGAAGCUUUGUUUAUCAAAAGGAGAGACGCAAACUCUUUCGUGAGACAAGCCAAAAGGCAUUCGCCGUGGGAAAGUUCCAGAGACCGAUUCAAGACUCUUCGUGAAAGGAACAGGGAGCGGUGUGAGGAGUACAGGCCGUGCGACCGCCUGGCGAGGCAGGUGGGGCUGAAGCGAGCCAUCGGCAAGUUCUUCAGGUCGGGGAGGCAGCGGUUCAGUGGUUACCGGAGGCUGAGGGCCGGCCGCAACAGGAGGCUGCGGAAAAACAAUCGCAACCGCAGGCGCCGGUUCUGACACUGACACACACGUGGUCCUCACACACAGGCAACAUCGGCCAUUGGGAGGCUGUUGCUACCAGUGACCAAAUGCCAGUUGAGUUCCAGCACAAAAACUAUCCCCAUUCAAAACAGAGCAGCAAUGCCGCGGCUUUCUGUUGAAUCUAAAGUGAAUUAAUUGAUCGCGCUGCUAUUUGCAAGCUCCCCCCACACUCCGCGACACUCCCAAAACGCUUCAUGUUGCACGAUCAAUCAAAUCGCUCUCUGAUACCAACUCAUCUCUCAGUCCACACUAAUGGUUUGGGCUCUGGCUGAUUUGAGCCAAGUUUCUCUUCAGAGAUUUCAACUCAAAUUGGCACAGAUUCCCAAAGGUUGUCAGGAUAUUUAUCCAUCCCCACAACUCAGCUCUUCGCAACACCCUGACACUUCCCUUCCCACAAAGAAUCCUUUCCCCGUGCUCCCCACAUCCCCCUCUCCCCAAUGCACGUAAACCACCACGUACAACAAUAGGCCAGGACAACGAUCAACAGGCAAAUCAGCAAGCAGCACUGAGCUGAAACGUCCCUUGCUCUCGGUGGCCAAGCAGAACGUGGUCUGUUAAGACUGAAUGGCCUCCCUCUGCGUUGCCAACGAUCCGAUUCUAUAGUUUGCUAAACACAGCGAUAGCAAAAAACAUUGGGUAGCUGUCUGUGACUUGUUUACUGUCCCAUCUCUGAACUAUCCGCACAUCAGGAGACCUUGGUGGCCUGUGUAUUCGGUAACAAUACUCCCCUUGCACGUAGUUCCACUUAAAAGCAGCUUGAAAUAUAUCAGCUGAGCACAAGACAGCUCAACGCAUGUUAUUACCAGCGCUACCCCACAGCUGUAAUUAUAACAACCAUUUACUACACCUUCUUGUUCUCUAUCCAAAGCUUUACAACCCCAACUAUAUACGCAGUGUGUAACUGAAAUGUACAUUUAUAUAAAUACAUAGUAAAGAAAUAAAGAAA